UAUAUCCGUGUGUUGUGGCGGUCACCUUUUUUUUGCUGCAACGCCCUGACACCGGGGAAUUUCUAUUCUGCAAAUCUAUAUCCCGCUCGGUUCGUCUCUCCGGAAGAUUAUCACGUAUUUUUUGACAGUUUUGGCUGCAUCCACCUGGUCCCAACAAUAAUCAUGAGGGCGUCCAUUAUUACUCUGGCUCUGGUGACGGCGGUCUCGGGACACUACACGUUCCCCAAGAUCUCGGGCACCAACGACUGGCAGUACGUGCGCCGCACGGCCAACUGGCAGUCCAACGGCCCCGUCCAGGACGUAAACAGCCAGGCGAUACGGUGCUUCGAGGCGGGAGGGCGCAGCUCGGCGUCGACGUACGGCGUCCAGGCCGGCGGCUCCCUCACCUUCCAGUCGGCGCCCAACAUCUUCCACCCGGGCCCGGUCAGCGGCUGGAUGGCAAAGGUGCCGGCCGGCCAGACGGCCGCGUCGUGGGACGGGUCCGGCCAGGCCUGGUUCAAGGUCUACCAGGAGAUGCCGACGGGGAGCAACGGCGGGCUGCAGUUUGCCAGCAACAACAAGGCGUCGGCGUCCUUCACCAUCCCGAGGUGCAUCGAGAAUGGCGAGUACCUCUUCCGCAUCGAGCACAACGCCCUGCACGGCGCCAGCUCGGUCGGCGGCGCGCAGUUCUACAUCUCGUGCGCCCAGAUCAACGUCUCGGGCGGCAGCGGCUCCAAGAAGCCCUCGAACCUCGUCUCCUUCCCCGGCGCCUACAAGGCCACCGAUCCGGGCAUCCUGGUCAACAUGUACAACGCCCGGAGCUACACCCCGGCCGGGCCGGCCGUCUUUACCUGCUAG